AUGCAGAAGAUAUUUGAGUAUGUCUUUAUCGGGUGGUCGAUAGUAAUGGGUAUUAUGGUUACGGUGACUGGUGCUUUGCAUUUCGUUUACAACACAUCAGGUUCGUUUUAUAUCGAAGGCCUUAAAACAAACCCUACACUAGCGGUGAUACUCGUUGCAGUGUCUUUGAUGGUGAUGGGGCUUUUGACAAUAUUGUACCCUCUGUAUUACACUUUUUUCAAGCGAGAGUCCUUUGUCAACUCAAAUUGGUUUUUUGCGUUGUGGUACUUUAUUCUAUCAUGUUUGACGUUUUUUAUCACUGGUGUUCUUGGGCUUGUCGUUGGAAUUUUGUGUUUCAUCACGUCCGUUGUACUGCUUGUUGUUCUCAUCAUUUUGAAAAUACCAAACAACUCCGUCGCUCAACAACUCACUUCAGAAAAUAAUUCGACAAACACCACUCCUCAGUCGACACAAGACAUAGUAGUCUUACAAACAGAAAUGUCACAAACAACCUCAGAAAAUCCAUCACAGAAUGUGCAGACAGAAGUCGUUUCUCAAAGACAAGACGACGAGAUUUAA